ACCCCUAAAGCUAGUCCUUGUGGUUUACAAUACUGAGGGUCUUACUUCAGACAUCAGACAAAUAAAAUUUUGAGAGUUUUAAGAAACGUUCUCUUUAGUCGUUGAAGUAUACGCGUGGGCUUUAUGAACGACAUGAAUCAUACAAUUCAUCAGUGAUAAAACGCGUUGCAAAAUAGUAACAAUAUCAUCGGAUUGCGUAGCAACGUUUUAUCGGCAUUGCCUUGAUACUGCAUGAACAGAAAUGUUAGUUGUGUUGGCUAUACUGCGCGCAGGCCGAGCGCCAUCUAUCGAGCAAGCCGUGAACGCGGAGCGGGUUGAUUCAGACGCUAGUACAUGCAGCUAGCAGCCAGUAGCAAUCCGUAGUAAGGAUGGCGGCCGAUGUAAAAGUGACUCCGAAGUGUAGUUUGGAUGCGAAUUCUUGUGUUUCUUUGUUAGACAUUCUAAUAUCAUUUAAUGCUCCUAUUAAUGAGCAGCAUGCAUGGGCGUUGUGUUAUCAGUGUGCAAAGUCCUUUAAAAAUGCAAUGCCGGGUGAUAAGGGCAAGUGUUAUUAUGUGACAGAACUGGAGCAUGUUUUACUUCACAAAGAUGGAUAUGUGCACCCAAACACGAUAUUCGCCGGUGGAGGGCCGAACGACACAGGGCCUCCGACGUCGAGGGUGCCUGUCUCAUCGGAGCUGCAGGUGGUGUUCCACCUGGGCCUCAUCAUCUACCGGGCGCUGGACUUCGGCCUCAACGAGCGCGAGGAGCGGCACCUCAGCCCCGACUUGGAGGCCCUCAUCGACAUGAUGACAGAGAGCGCGCAGGAGCGGCAGCAGCAGGAAACGGACGACGAGGGCAUCGAGCGAGACUCCGCUGACAGCGAAGACGACGUCGACGCUGCCGUCUCUGGGGACCGCGGACGGGUCUCCCUCUCCACCGUCAUACAGAGGUGCAUCUCGCACGUGGGCGCGCCGAGCGCGCAGCAGGCGGACCAGCACUACCGCGCCGUGUGCCGCGCGCUGGUCGCGGAGGCCAUCGAGCUGUCGCAGUUCCUCGAGAAGGUCUCGCAGGGCACGCGCGAGCUGCGCGCCACGGCCGAGGCCGCCUCCACCGACCUCGACAUGCUGCGCUUCUCCGACUGGACGGGCCUUAGGAUGUGGAGAGUGCUCCAAGCGCGGCUAUGGGUGCAGGUGAUCCACGAGCUGCGGCACGGCGUCAAGCUGAAGAAGGUGAACUAUAGCCGCGGGCCAAUAGAGUACGAGCUCACGCCCUACGAGAUGCUCAUGGAGGACAUCCGCUCGCGCCGCUACAAGCUCAACAAGGUGAUGGUGGACGGCGACAUCCCUCACAGGGUGAAGAAGGACGCGCACGCCAUCAUCCUCGAGUUCAUUCGCUCCAGGCCGCCGCUCAGGAAGGCGUCCGAGCGGAAGCUGCCGCCGCCCCGCAGCAGGCAGUGCACGCCCAGGGAGCUGCUGAUGGAGUCCAUCAAGCGCGGCUGCCAUCUGAGGCCGUCCCUGUCCCACCUCAAGAAGAGGAUUAUUCCUGUGGAGAGUCCACAGGCAAACAAGGAAGAGCCUGUGGCGAACGGCAACGCCAAGAACACCAGGCGACUCAUCAAAGUCGACUUCUCCGUGCUGCAGAGUGACGACGAUGACGACGACGAAGACGACGUGGACGUAACGUCGCCGACGCGGAACGGCGGCCCCACCCCUGCGUCGUCGACUGCAGCGACGAAGGGCAGCUCGAGUGGCGAAGGUCGCCGCCACCCCUGGCACCGGACAGGUAUCCUGACGCACCACGAGUACCACAGCUACAUGGACAGCGCUCUCGAGUCGUACGACCUCGCAACGCAGUGUCCAAGUCGCCGGGCUUCAAUGCGGAGGCACACAAUCGUCGUGUGUAAUCCGCAACAGCAGCAGUUGGCAGCAGAAGCUGGCCUGGGUAGCCAGUCAGUGCCACAUUCGAGGCCACAAUCGAGGGGCCCUACCCCAUCGUCAGCAAGUUCAGAAGCGGGUACAGAUACAGGCAUGCUGGGAUUAGGAAAUACACUUCCUGAGAUGUCGUGGUCAAGGUCUUCCCUGCAAGAUGAGCUGCUGCAUUCGAAAAACUGGCAGCAAGCCAUGGAGUGCCUCUCUCUCACACUGGAGGAAAUUGUCCACAUUCGGAGUGUGCUUACAAAAGCAGAAUUGGAAAGUCUACCAGUAGAGGGGCAUGUGAAAGAGGAUGUAGAGAAACGAAAGGUGUGCUUCCUUUGCCUGAAAACAAGAUUUGGAAUCUUUGGUCCCUGGGGCCAGUUGUGCAAACUGUGCAAGAGAACAGUGUGUGCCAAAUGUUAUUCAAAGAUGAGGAUACCAACUGAACAUUUCUCCAGAGUACCUGUCUUUGCUUUGAGUCCGGGUCUGUCAUCUCCAGAAGAGGAGACAAAGGAGUCAUUUCCAAGGUCAUUGAUGUCACGACUUAUGGUUCCUGACACAGCAGCACGAAAUAGCGUUGGGAGUGCACCAUCCAGUCCACAUCUUACAAGAGGCGAAUCAAUGUCUGCACCGCCUUCUGCUAUGAGCUCUAGUAUGACGGGCAGCAUAGAAGGACCACAGUCGUUACCUGCCAUGAGUCCUGCCUCUACAGCCAGUGAAAGGAGGAGUAUGUUGAGCCGAUCAAAAACACUUGGGCGACCUGAAACCAAGAAAGAUAAGCUGAAGGGCCUCCAGAUGACAGUCUGUCAUGACUGCAAGACGAUGGUCAUACAGAUUAUUAAAUCAUCACGCACAAGUCGCAAUAAUGCCAUUAGACACCUUACAUUAAACCUUUCUCCUGUAUACUGAAAUGUUAAAGAUGUGUAAAAGUUGUAAAUAUCCUAGAUGAAUAAAGAUGUCUGUACCUGCACUUGACCUGUUAAACCCAGGGUAAUAUUGUGUUGUUAAGGACUUUGUAAGAAGCCCAGCUAUUCUAUAUCAUCCCAGCCAUCAAAUAUAUAUUGCUGUUUCCUUACAUAAAUAGCAAAAUGAAGGCUGACAACUAAAUGAAGGUGCUGUGCAACCCCAUGUAAAUAAUUCUGUACAAUAAUUUAAAACUGUAAUCAUUUUCAUUUUCUCUCAUUUCUUUAUUUAUUUCUGUAAUUGUUUUGUCUGUCGCACAUAAAUGUGUAAAACUACAUCCCUCAACAUGUUGUUGAGUGAAUUAUGGAAGUGUUACAAAGCAUCUGAGACAUAAGAAAGAUUGCAUAAUUUGCUGAGUUGUGUUAUAUGUUUAAUAUUUUAUUCUGUCAUGUUACUGAAACCCAGGACAGGCAUAACAUGUCUGUUGUUCUGACAGUGUGUGUCAUUCUUGGUCCUCACUGAAGGAGUUUCAUGAAAAUUUUGAAUCUCUGAAGUGAAGUGUGAGAAUGAGGUUACAAUUUCAGGGUCAUUCACAAAAUUAAAUUUUCCACACAGUGACUGCAGUUAUAGUAUCAGUGAUACAUUGCUCUGAAUCUCAGAGAAAGGAAGAUCUGAGGUCUGAGUUUCAUUAACGUUCAUGAAAUGGUUUUGUAAAUAAGGUAUGGAAAAGUGAUGACUGUAAGAAAUGAAUGUAUCUUUUCAUCUUGUUGAAAAAUCUGUAGAAGUUAGGUCUGUGUCAGACUGGUUCUUUCUAUAGUUGUUAGUGGUGAAAUAGUUCUGGUGAUCAUUCCUAAAAAUAUAUGUCUAGAGUAAUGUGAUACUAAUAUUUAUUUAAGACCUAAUGAAUGAUCUAAUUUGAUAAUAUACUGUAGAUACAAUGUGUGAAAGCAUAAUAUAGUAGUUGUAUCAAACAAACUGUUGGGAAUAGGAGAUAAUUGUUGAAGAGUACACAAUCAAGUGCACAGCUUUUUUAUUUUAAGAAAAAUCCUGUAAAUCUCCUACAAUGGCCUUCACAUAUAAGCUAGUUACACAUUGUUUAGAUAAAAGGAAAAGCUGUGAAAUUGUAGUACUUACAAACACCCUCCUACACAAGAUAUUGUGCAACAGAGAGAUUCAGGCACUUUGCUUUACCAUAUAAUUUAAUACUGCAAAUAGUUUGCCACAGUUUGAUCUGAAUCCUGUUUGUAUAAUUUUUCAUAGAACAUUUGUUUGUGCCAUUCUAAAGUACAGUAAACUUGGAUACAACCAGAAAUGUUGAAUAAUUUUUUAGAAACCCACAGUAUUUUUGUAUAAAUAGUGUUAUUACAUUGGGAUUUACGUUACGUAUGAGAUGCUCCACACUUCAAAAUUGUAUAAACUGUCUUCGUACAGGAGUCCAGAAAAACAUAGGCAGCACAGCAAGGAGAAAGUAAGUGAUGACUAAAAAAAAUCAAAAUUGUCAGCAUAGACAAUAAUGAAGAGAUGAGUAUUUUAAAUGUGAAGGAUGAUAAAAAUAGGAUCGCUAUAUUUUAAUUAACAAAUGUUAUUUUUAUACCUGAAUUGUUGUAUAAUUAUUUGCACUCUGUUGUCAUUUAAAUUGUUGAAAUGGUUGUCACAUUAUUUUAAAACAAUUUCCACAUGAAUAUGAUCUGCCUUUUAGAUGUGAUUCUCAUCCUUCACCUUCUUUCAUAAGUCAUACCCUUGAUAGGAGUGAGUGUGGAAGGAACACAGACAUUCGUAGUUCACAACAGUAAAUGCCUCAUAUUUGUACAUACAUGUGUGUACGGUUUUCUUCUACUGUAAUGAAUAUGCUCAUUUCCUGUCCUGCACAUUGUUAUUAAAACUGUGUUCCCUUCAAUAAAAAGAUUGAGUUUUUUAA